UCGGCCCAACAUAAGAAAUUGAUCAUGAAAUUGCCUUCAGCAUGAAUCAAUAGUUCGAAAUUUCUCCAGAGUUUAAUUUGUCAAUGGAGGCUUCGUUGUCGUCGUCACAAUUGUCUGCUUCGAAUCUGGACUAUCUCAAUCUACUACUCCUCCGUCCAAUUCUCGCCAUCUCCUUCGUCCUCUCCUUAAUUCUCUUCGGUUGGUUGUUGGCGUGGAAGCUUGUUCUGGUUCAUGUUCCUCUGGUUCAAGAGAUCUUUGGUCUCCGGAAGAAACCCAUAAAGCCCAAACCCCCAACUCGCGGCAGAUUCUCUCGAUUUUACAACACCAUUGACGUCCAUAAUUCCAAUUCUCAGGGGUCGUUAGGGAGGGCAGACUUGGUUCCUACCUAGGACAGAUGUAUACGGAUAUGGUACAAUACAGAUGCGGUUGUUGCAGUAGGACUGUAGGAGAAACCUGAAAAAAUAGAAUAUGGGGUUACGACUAGGAUACAUGUACGGGAGUAUAGAGCGUAGAUUAAGCAUUGUAUUAUACAGACGCGUGAGAAUGGUUAGAAAUCAUUUCUAGUUUUGUAAUGCAAAAUACCAUCUUAAUUAGAUCUUUAUUGAGGAAAUAUUCGUCUUUCUUUAAAUAGUUCAUAUAAAAGUUCCCUUUCAAUUUCAA